AUGUCCGCCCCAGUGUCCUUUGACUACGUCGUCGUGGGCGGCGGUACCGCCGGCCUGGUUAUUGCCACUCGCUUAGCCGAGGAUUCCAACGUCUCUGUCGGCGUCAUCGAAGCUGGAGAGGAUCAGUCAAGUCGUCCUGAUGUUCUCAUUCCUGGAAUGGCGGCUAUGCAUCUGAGAGGUCCUUCUGACAUGGACUGGAAGAUGUACACUACACCCCAGCCUGGCGCGAAAGGGCGUAGUCUCUGGCUCCCUAGGGGAAAGGUCGUCGGUGGAUGUGCUGAACGAAAUUUCAGGGGUAAUAUUGCUGAAUACGAUGCGUUUGAAACGUUGGGCGCGACUGGAUGGAAUUGGAAAAACCUGAUUCCCUAUUUCAAGAAGUCCGAGACUUUCACAAUCACAGAGAAACAAUCAGCCGAGACUGGGAUCAAGUUCAACCCUGAAAUGCACGGUUCAAGUGGACCUAUUCACAGGACACUCUCUAGGUGGUCCAGUAAUAUUCUCAAGCCUCUCAUCGACGGAUUUGCUUCUGUCGGGGUCCCCCUUAACACCGAAUACUACGAUGGUUACAGUGGUGGUGUUUACCCAAUGCAACUAUCUGUCCACCCAGAGCAUUGUGUCCGUAGUUCGGCGGCUUCUGAAUAUUACGGCCCGAACAAACAUAGGAGUAACUUAACAUUGAUCACUGGCGCAGAAGCGACACGCAUUCUUUUGAAGACCGAUGAAUCUUCGGGCGAGAUCAUCGCUACUGGUAUCGAGUACUCUAAGGGCGGGGAGUUGCUCACCGUGUCCGCCAACAAGGAAGUCAUCCUGACACUAGGUACCAUGAAGACACCGCAGUUACUAGAACUGUCGGGCAUCGGUGAUAAAAAGAUCUUAGAAGUACAUAACAUUCCCGUUGUACUCGACCUCCCCGGCGUCGGAAACAACUAUCAGGACCAUUAUACCUCCGCUUUCAUUGCCGAGAUUGAUCCCAAAUAUGAAUCGAUGGAUAUGAUGAUGGACCCACAGCAAGCUGCGUUAGAAUUCCAACUAUAUCAAGAGAAGAAACAGGGCCGAUUGACUUCUAACGGACCCGGUCUUUACUCAUUCAUCUCAGCUCAGACUUACAUGUCUGAGGAAUCCGUGGAGGAGAUCACAACAAAAGCGGAUAAGAUCGCCAACGAUUCUUCUAACCCGACUUUCAAGGCACAAGCAGAGUGGCUCAAACGUGACAAUAUCCCUGACUUGGAAUUUGCAACAUUCAAUGGAUAUAUGCCAACUGGGACUACAAUGCCCGAGCCGGGAAAACACUAUGUUUCCUGGUUGCUUGCCGCUGCGCACCCGUUCUCUCGUGGCACAGUACACAUCAACUCUUCGGACCCUUACGCGCCACCGGAGAUUGACCCUCACAUGUUCGAGGAGGAUAUCGACGUUCAGAUCCUCGCCGAGGGUCUCAAGUUCGCUCGUAAACUUAUCAAAUCGGACGUUCUCAGCACAGUUGUCAAAGGCGAGAUUGCUCCCGGGAAGGACAUAAAGUCCGAUGAGCAGCUCCAGGACUACGUGCGGAGCACCGGCAUGACUGUCUACCAUCCUAUUGGAACCGCCUCAAUGCUCCCUAAAGAGGAUGGAGGCGUCGUGGAUGCUAACGUGAAGGUCUACGGUACUAAGAACUUGCGGGUGGCCGACGCCUCGAUCAUUCCUGUCCACAUUGCCUCUCACCCUCACACGACUAUCUACGCUAUGGCGGAGAAGGCCGCGGACAUUAUCAAGGCGGCAGCUUAA